AUGGGUCCAUUGAACCUCUCUUUAAAACACAGGUUUUUCUUGAAGCCCACAGCUCUAGAGAGACAGUUCACGACUUCUUGUACAGCACAGACAGGAAGCUCAGAAGACUCUGAAAGCACAGGGUCUUCUGCACGUGCUCAACUGGAUCUCUUGGAACAACUGACAUCUACCAGCUCUCCUGAUGGUUGUUAUGAGAGCAAUAGAGGUUCCACGAGCCCAACCAUUCGGGAGCAGCUUGCUCAACUGGUCGAGAAUGAAAUUGGUGAAUUCAGUCUUCCCUUGGGCAAGAAGCUGAGAAGGAGCAUAAAGACCUUAACCACUUCACAGAAGAGAAACAUCAGGAGACAGGCUUACUUAGACAAAGUCUCACAGAGAAAUGACACUAUUUUCUUCGCCACCAUUGCUUUCUUUGUCAUUGUUCCUCCCCUCCUCAUAUUAGCAGUGGCUAUUCUGACUGGUUAUGUCCAGCUCCUUCCAUAAGUGUGUGGGUUUGUGUGUGUGUGUAUAUAAAUAUCCUUAACUGGUUA